AGUGGGACUAAAAUCUUGGUACUCUUGGAGGCGAAAAUUUUGGAAAAAAUGGCGUCGUUUUGGGUGUCUCGGGCCUCUCGUGGUCGCCGGUCUCUGAAACCCUCUCUAUCGUCUCUCUUUCUCUCCAAUCCACUCACCUCUCCAACACGCCCAACACCUGCCGUAAACCCUAACCCUAGUCUCAUUGUCAUCCCGAUCAGACAAUUCUCGAUUUUGACCCCCAGUUUUAAAUUUUCCCGCGAAAAUGAAGAAUCCAGUUGUUGUUCAAAUCUCGCACUAGUCCGGCGAAUAUCCACAUUGUCGAACUCGAAGAAUGAAGACAAUAAGCAUGGAACUGGAAGGGAAUUGUCGUGGAUUGACUUAUAUUUGCCCAGGCAGGCUCGGCCUUACGCUCACCUUGCCCGUCUCGACAAGCCCAUCGGCACUUGGCUCCUUGCUUGGCCCUGUAUGUGGUCGAUUACUAUGGUGGCCUCACCGGGGCACCUUCCAGAUUUCAAGAUGAUGGCUUUGUUUGGAUGUGGGGCUCUGCUAUUAAGGGGUGCUGGCUGUACUGUAAACGACCUCCUUGAUCGGGAUAUUGAUACAAAGGUGGAACGUACAAAGUUGAGGCCAGUUGCUAGUGGUCUUUUAACACCAUUUCAAGGCGUUUCUUUUCUUGGGUUUCAACUACUUUUGGGUUUGGGUAUUCUGUUGCAACUUAACAAUUAUAGCCGCAUUUUGGGAGCUUCAUCUUUGUUUCUGGUCUUUUCCUAUCCUCUCAUGAAGAGGUUUACAUUUUGGCCUCAAGCGUUUCUUGGUUUGACGUUUAACUGGGGAGCAUUAUUGGGAUGGGCUGCUGUUAAAGGAACUCUUGAUCCAGCUAUUGUGUUCCCACUGUAUGCUUCUGGAGUUUUUUGGACUCUUGUAUAUGAUACUAUAUACGCACAUCAGGAUAAGGAAGAUGAUUUAAAAGUGGGUGUCAAAUCCACAGCCUUGAGAUUUGGGGAUUCAACUAAACUGUGGAUAACUGGAUUUGGAAUGGCAUGCAUUGGUUGUCUUGGCAUCAGUGGAUACAAUGCUGAUAAUGGGUGGCCAUUUUAUUUAUUUUUGAUGGGUGCAUCUGGACAAUUGGCUUGGCAAAUAUGGACAGUUAACAUAUAUUGCCGUACCGAUUGUAAUAGAAAGUUUGUGUCUAACAAAUGGUUUGGUGCCAUUGUCUUCAGCGGGAUUCUUUUUGGUAGACUCUUGUCAUAGAGGUUGAAUCCUCUCCAACCUAGACUGCAUCUUCGGAGAGGUCCAGCUCCUCCAGCCGCUUCAGCUCCCUCAGAUGCUCGGAUACGAACGCAUCUCCUCCGACCAUCUCCUUCAGCUCCUGGUGUAGUUCCACAAUGGUUUCAUUCAUCUCCCUAAACAUUACCUUUAAUUCGGGUCCAACUUCAGCCGGGUUGGAGUGGUAAAGCUUCGUCAACACAUCAACAUUCACCGUACUCCCCAUUUCUCAAACAUCAUCUUUCAAUUUUUUUCAGUCGGAGGGCAAGUCGAGCAAUCUGCUCGUAGAAGUCCAGUCAUUCAGGAGGGGAAGAGGCGGCCAUGGCUUGUGAAAGACUUUCUUUUGUUUGUGGAGAGACAGAAAAUAACCCUAAGGGGUCAUUGAAAAGUCUGAAAUCAAGGGCUUAAUUGGCAGUACAUAAAUCCUUAAGGGAGAAGAAUAGUGUGAUUUAGGGAAACUAACCCUAAGGGGGUAAUUGAAGAGUCUGAAAUCAAGGACUUAAUUGGUAGUACAUAAAUCCUUAAAUUUUGUGACAUAGUAAGAACUAGGGUGUGCGAAGGAGGGUAAGUUGUAGUAUGCGAUAAUUAAGGAGUUGAUGUAUUCUCUCUCGCGUUGCUUCCACUUCAACAAUUUUUUGUCACGCUCGUUCUAGGCGUUCCUGCAAGACAAUUGGCAUGGGGUGGUGGUCAAGUUGCCCCAUGAACUCCGUCAUUCAAUAUGAGUUCUCAGAUUGUUGUCUAUAAUAUAUUUCUGGGAGGAAAGUCGAUAAAUAUCGUAAUUUCCAAUGAUAUUUAUCGGCUUUCCUCCUAAAAAUAGAUAAUAGACAACAAUUUGAGAACUUGUAUUGGAUGGCGGAGUUCCCGGGGCAACCUGGCCACUACCCAUGCUAGUUGCCUUGCAGGAACGCCUAGAACGAGUGUGACAAAGAAUUGCUGAAAAGGACGUAACGCGAGAGAGAAUACGUCAGCUCCUGAAUUAUAGCAUCGUACAACGAGUGAAUUAGAAACGCGAUGGACUUGCAAGAGUCAGGAAUACGAGCGAGACACUCGUUUUAGUAUUUUACGUUUCUUAAAUUCUAUUUGUAUUAAAAAAUAAAUGGGCUUAUUUUGGAGUUUGAGUAUUUAGUGAUAUGUUUUGUAUUUUUGUUUCUAAA